UGUUCCGCAAGACAGAACCGCACCAGAACCCAAGGAGACAGUACCAUAGAUACUACAAUUCAAUCUCGCGAGCCGCGUAUAAUAAACCGCCGAAAAAAACGUCUAAUUGUGAAGUGUUCUUGCACAAAAAGCAAUCAGCAAAGCAGUACUAGGGUUCCUGGGCAUCAUCAAGAUGCAAAAUGUUUGUUAGACCGUGUUCAAUUACUUUUUACUGGAUUUAGAAUGCACCGACACAAUAUGGCAACCGCGGUGUGUGGUUUGAUACUCGCAGUACUGAUUUGCGUAGUAAAUUACAGUGAUGGACAUGUGGCCUUAGUGUUUCCCCCAGCUAGGAAGUACGAUUUGGAUUUUUUGGAUAGUUCCCGCACCAAAGCACCUUGUGGCAUGCCAAAAGGAAAUGUAAAGACAUCGUUUUUAUCGGGCAGCAAGUUUAAUGUCAGCUGGCAUCUAGGGUAUCCUCACAAAGGGGGAUUCAAACUACAACUUUUGGACCAGUUAGAACGACCUGUUUUAGACUUAACACCCAGCGUUCAGGGUUCGGAAUUCAUCUCAAAUGAUGCUACAGCUCAAACUUACGCUGUGGAACUACCUCCUGACUUUACAUGCAUCAACUGUACCCUGAGAUUGAUCAGACAAGCUCUAGAAUGGGGUGUGGGGUACAAAUUUUGGUCUUGUGCAGAUGUAGAUAUAAAAAUACGGAAAGAGUUUAGAGAAAACUGCGGUGGUCACGGAAGAUAUCUACUUGGAAAAUGUAAAUGUGAUCGAUUAUAUUAUGGCUCUGUGUGCCAGUUUAGAGAUGAAUGUUUAGAAAAUAGUGAUUGUGGUUCGCAGGGUAUAUGUGUGGAUAUAGACGCAACUACUGCACCUAGAAAACAAUGUUACUGUCAAUUGGGAUAUUUUGGACCUGGUUGUACUAGAAGAUCACCAGUUAAAUCAACGGAAAUAGACUUCGACUUAUACACAGAAAAAAAAUUAUCUGACACUUUUACGCUGUACUGGAGGAUUCUUAAGGAACACAAAGAACUGGAGGCUGUCAUGGUGGUCAAUGGUACCAGUUAUGCUGCCUUAGGGUGGAGACCAAGAAGCUUGACUAAAAGCUGCAAAAACUUUCCUCAAAUAGGGCCUGUAGAGGUAGUAACUACUACACCUUCAACGACACAACCUGAACCUGAACCCAAGAGUGAGCCUGAACCAUCCUCUGAACCUACUACAGAAUAUGAACCAACGAGUGAGCCAGAACCAAAUGCUGUAGAAACUGAAAGGAAAUCGACUUAUAACAGGAGAUCUGCACUUCUUCCUUCACCUGCACUGCCAUAUCAGGAUGUCGAUAAAGUAGAGACCAGCGUUUCAUAUAAAGUCAGCAGUAGCCAAGGAAGAAGAAAAAGAGAAACAUCGGAAUCAACACCAUCAGCAGAACCAGAACCUCGCUCGGAACCCGAACCCACCUCUGAACCGAAAUCCGUACCCGAACCUACUUCAGAACCUAAAUCAGAACCCGAACCUACCUCAGAGCCUAAUUCCGAGCCUGAACCUAAUCUUGAGACCAAAUCUGAACCUGAGCCUAUCACCGAACCUACAGCGGAACCCAUAUCCGAACCUGUACCUAAAUCCGAACCUGAGCCUAGCUCAGAGCCUGAACCUACAUCAGAACCAAAAUCUCAGCCUAAACCUAAUCCUGAACCCAAAUCCGAGCCUGAACCUAAUCCUGAACCAAAAUCCGAGCCUGAGACUAAUCCUGAACCAAAAUUCGAGCCUGAGCCUAAUCCUGAACCCAAAUCCGAACCUGAGCCUAAUCCUGAACCCAAAUCUGAACCCGAGCCUAGUUCAGAACCUACUGCGGAACCUAAUAAAAGCACGCACGUUAAUGUAGUGUCGGCAGCACCUAAGGUCGAAGAUGGAGCAGCUGAGAAUUUGAACGCAUAUACGCCAAGGCACGAUUUUAAUCCGAUGGAUUGUACUGAUAUCAUUAUUGGAUCUGCUAGAGGAACAGCCAGUAGAAUUGGAGAUUAUUACACGAGGGAUAGAUCCACACCAAGAAUGGACAACUUCUGGGGUGGCAAAAACGACCUUACUGCAGCUCUAGGUUUCGAAAAAGACGGUAUUACCACCAUCCUGUUCAGAAAGAAACUUGAAGCUAAAGAACCUAGCGAUCACACCAUCGAAGAGGAUCUGAUGCAUGUCAUCUUUGCUCAAGGCCAGGAAAAGGGCAAAUAUGUGCAUAUUCCUAAAUCUGGUGUUGAAACGUCACAGGUUUCGGAAAAAGACUUCUACAAACCUGACGAGUUGAAGUAUCACGGACACGAAAGUCAGAGAGGAGUAAUCAGUCUAAAUUUCUUCGAAGAUAAGAAAGUGAUAAUGGCAGCAGGUACAGCAGCAACCAGUGAUUCUGCACAAAACACUGAUUGCGGUGGGGAAUGGAAGAUUCCCAAAGGUUGCAGCCCUGAGAACUUAACUUGCGAGUAUAGUGCUAAAUGGGAGUUGAUUCCUAGGAAAGACGAAAUUAGAUUCACACUGACCACCAGCAACACUGACACUUGGACAGGCAUAGCGUUUUCAAACGAUGAAAAAAUGUCCCAGACAGACGCUGUACUUGGUUGGGUGGACAAAACUGGCAGGCCCUUCCUAAUGGACACCUGGAUAUCUGGGUACACGCAGCCAUUCUUAGAUUCAAAUCAAAAUAUAUACAACACCAGUGGUCGUAUUGAGAAUGGUGUCACUACAUUAUCCUUCACUAGAAAACGCAUCACCAACGAUCCUAGGGAUCUAGACUUCACUGAUGAUAGAUGCCUGUUCAUGAUGUUUCCUGUAAAGGGUGGUGCUUUCAAUAGCGUUAACAAAAAAAUCCGCAAGCACGAGGUAUUACCCGUGGUCAGCACUGAAAGAAUAUGCAUCAAAUCUUGUGGCAACGAUGACCUCUACGAUUAUCAGACCACCACUGAAUCUCCAGGAAUAGAUUACAAAGUUCAAGUAAAGGUGGUAGACUUAGGAGAGAACUUUGUACCUCCCAAACCUGGUACUGUACAGUACGAUGACCUUAGUAAUUCAAUUUCAAAUAACUUCCAACCGGUGUUUAAAAGUUUGCCUGGAUAUCGCAGAAUCGUCAUAGACCAAUUAAAAAGCGAAAGCAACGAUAUAGUGGCUAUUAUGAAUGUACAACUUGAUAAAGCUGUUCUAGAAAAAGGCAGAGCUUUAUCAUCCUCAGACAUGAAGAACACAGAUGAACAAGUUCAUAAAAUUGUACAAGAAAGUGUAGGAUCAGGAAGAGUGGGGAACUUGAAAGUGGAUCCCCAAUACCUUGUAUUCGAACCUCAGAGUCGUACUACAAACCUCAUCCCUGAUGCCGAUGGCUCAACAAUAAGCUCUGGAUGGUUCGAUAUGCCUUCCACCAAGCUGUAUAUAGUUCUAGGAUGUAUAGCCGCUUUAGUAUUGGUAGCACUGGUGCAAGCAGGCUGUACCGUGUACAAAGCUACAGGUCGCAGGCGUGCUAACCGUCACAAGGACCACCUGAUACCAAAUUCCGCCUGGAAAGACUACUCCUCCAACACCAACUACGCCUUCGACUCUUUUGAACGCGAAGAACCCACCAAAAAGCAACAACAUCAACAACACCACCAGCAAAACGGAAAUGGUAGGUCCGCGCAUCCGCCCCAAAGCAGACCUCGCAGCAAUCCGCCUAGACCUCAAGGGCGCCCGCCAAGCGUGCCGCCACAAGGUCAUGGGGGAGACUCCAGGUCACUGCAGAGACCUAGAAGCGCGUUAUUGCCACCAAAUGACCGAAGUACCUUCUCCUUACCUCGCACCCAGUACGACAGGCACACUGUAGGGGCUGCUAAAGGUGGCCAAAUGCCAGCAGACUUCUACUUCAUGCCAUCGCAAAGAAAAUACUCGGGAGAGGUAGUCAGGGUGUACGUGGACUAUAACGGACAGAAAAGGGAACACUGAGAGCCUCUGCAUUUGUACCUUAUAUAGAUAUAUUGAGAACGUUUGUUGAGAUGGGUCUAUAAGAGACAGAUGUGUUAGAAUGUUGUUAGGUUAAAUACAAAUCGCGAUUUUAUCGUUAGUUCAUAUAUUUCUAGUCGUUCAUUUACCAUAAUAACAAUAAUGCACAUAUUACGGAACUCCUUAUGUAAAAUAGUACUUUUUGUCGUGGUUAGGAAUUAAGUCGUUUUGUUAAAACGACAAGGUUGCAAACUAUACUGAUGUAGAGUCAGCUAUUUAUACCUAUUUGACAUUAGUACAAUAAAUGAAUAUAUACUCAUACGACAGAGGAUAUUCAUAACCAACCAGUCUAUAAUUAAUUUAUACAAAGGUAGUAAAUUAGAGCUCAAUUUUCCUACUUCCAUAAACAUCUCUAUUACAAACUCAUAUACCUACAGGUUCACAAGUUGUUUCUUAAGUACAUAGUCUAAAAAAUUUAGGGUGUGAUUCCUCAAUUGUGAUGUAUAAGAAAAUCUCAAGAUAUCAAUCUUGUUAAAAAGAAAUCAAGAAAAUGUUUUCCCAAAAAAAAAGCAGUGGCGUAACAUUUAUUUUAAUCAAAUUAUCCAGAGGUGUGUGCGUACGAACGCCACUGGUUCAAGUAGGAAAACGACAGAUAAUGGAAAUAAACUCCAUUUAUACCCGGAAACCACAUACCAAAAUUGAAGGAAAUAUCGAAAUAGUUUUUUAUAUUUUUUAUUUAAUUUAGAUUUUUUUAUAUUUUUUAACACCCUGUAGAUCCGAAAAGAAGUUUUUUACACCCCAUGUUUAUAUACUUUUUUCUUAAAACAUAUGAGAAUUUACACCCU